AUCCAACAAUGCCUAUGAAAGAUAAAGAGAAGCUGGUGGUAUAAUGUUCCUUUGGAACAAAGAGACUGGGGAUUAUGAGUUGGGGGGACUCAGGUCUCAAGGGUGUCUUCCUGUGGUUAGGGUUUGUUUCACUCUGCAGUGGGUCAAGAAGUGUUAUUAUGUGCAACAGUGGUGACCAUGAAUGUUUGCACCGAGUCAAGAAGGGCAAGUUCUAUUCAGCUUCCUUCAAUGAUUGCUGAGAAGCAAGGAUUCUCUGGUUGGUAGUCUUUUCACCUCUGGUCACAGCUGGGUACUUGUGUCCCUGUUCAACUCCUAGGGCUUGGAAUCUUUGGCCUAACGUAUCAUCACUCAUCUAUCCAUCCUUUUGAUCUCCUACAUUGUGAAAUCCAAGGAAAGUUUGAUGGGCAGUGGAGCAAUCUUGGUUUUCUGAGUUGUCUUUGAAUGGGUGUCUGACUUUUCUAAGAUUCUCUUCUGAAAAGGUAAAAAUCUUCACUUCGUUUGCUUGUCAGCAGUUUACUGAUGUGUGGAGUAGGUGAUUCUGCUAUUUGAUAGAUUCAUUGGCUCCAUUUUUUUUUAUCUGUGAGCAGAUUUAUCUUUGCCAAAUGUGUGCUACUGAUCAGUGACAGUGUUGAGAUCACAGCAGGCAGCUGUUCUUUCUCAAUUUUUGAUUGAUAUAGUUUGUGCUGAACUCAGUUAGGAGUGAGGAUAAUUUGAGCUGCAACUCUGGAUAUUCUUCUGAUUGACUCCCAGCAAUCCUUCAACCGCUGUCUAAUGCUCAUCAAUUUCCAUGGAUGACUCAUUCAGCAGUGAGCUUUAGAACCUGUCCACAAGCUCAACAAGCUUGAAAUCAUGCAAAAAUAGCUUAGAUUUCCCAGCUGAUUUCAGAUUUCACUGAGAGAUCAACUGCAAAGUUUUCUUGCUACAUGAUGAAUCCUUUCGAUGCAACUACAUCAAGAGAUAACUCUGGAGCUCAGAUGCAGAAGAAGAACAAAAUCGACAUGAUGGAAGCUGUCAGAAUUGCCUCAUUAUCUACUGAUUAUGUAUCCAAGAAUGGCAGUCUGAUGAAGGAACAAAAGGACAUGCAUCAUCAGCCUAACCGCACUGGUGUUCACCAAGAAGAUCCAUCUAAUCUAGCCACUGCAGCUGGGAAUUCUUCUUCCUCUACGACAAGGAGAAGAGCAAAUGAGAUACCUAUGGAGAUGGAAGAGGAUCAUGAACCAAAAACCGAGCGAAAGAGUUUGACGGUGGCUACUGUUAAUCCUAAACGGAAGCAGGUAAAAGACAUCACUGAAUCAAAUCUAGUUCACGUCCGGGCUAGGCAUGGCCAGGCAACAAGCAACCACAGUCUUGCAGAAAGAGUAAGAAGGGAAAAGAUCAAUGAGAGGAUGAAGCUUCUUCAAGGCCUUGUUCCUGGUUGCAGCAAGGUCACAGGAAAGGCAGUAAUGCUGGAUGAGAUCAUCAACUACGUUCAAUCACUACAACAGCAGGUUGAGUUCCUGUCAAUGAAGCUUGCAGCUAUCAAUCCAAGGCUGGACAUUGACAGAGAGGGAGUUCUUCCUAAAUAUCUACUUCAGCCCUGCAAUAGCCCCUCAGCUGCUGCUGGUUUCUCAUCAGACAUAAUUCAUCCGCAACUACAACUGCCACACCAGGGUUUGAUCCAAUCUGGGUUAUCUGGGACCAGAAACCCUCCAGAUUUACUUGGAAGAUCAAUAGAUACUCAAAUGACUGCAGAAGAUGGAUAUAACAUGCAGGUGUCUAAUGCAUGGGAUGAAGAGCUCCACAAUGUUGUGCAAAUGAGAUGUAGCAGCAGUACCAAUCUCUAUACUCAUAGAAUUCAACAGUAAACCUCAAGAAGUGCAGGCAGCAUGAAACCAUUAUCCUGCAGUCCUUGUUGCUGGUUUGACUGAAAGUUCAUGUUGCUUCAAAGGUGUUGCAUAUUUCAUACAAAAGGCUUCAUCACUGCCUUUGAGCAUCUUGCGCUUGGUUGGGGUGGUGGAGCAAGCUAAGUGAAUUGAGAGGAAAUGCUACCAUAGAAGAACACCAAAAUAGUUAUAAUGUAAGAGGAAAUUAACAUUACUAAUCAAAUCCAUGGUUAGUAUUCAACCAUAUCAGGAGAGAAAAUAGAGCUACUAAAAUCACUCGGACCAUUAAUUAUGAAUCAAUUUUCGACACGCUCACUAGAUUCAUAAUUACAUAUACCAAACUACUUAUUCAUAUGACCUAUAAUACUCUAGAAUUAUGACUUACUAAAAAGAUCUGAGAUGAAAUGAUAGUGUCUAUAUCUUUAGUUCUUUCAUUCAAGGUGCGGUUUUUUAUUAUUGCAAAAGUAGUUUGUUAUUAGUUGUUUACUUCUCUUUAUGACAAAUA